AUGUCGGCAACGGUUACUGAGAACCCCGUCACGUCGACGAUCCAGCAGGACUACCUCCACGACUACCAGAUCCGCCUCACCGGGGGAGUCGAGGAAGCGUUUGCCAGAGGCAACGAAGACGCGCCGGCGCCGGCGGCCGAGUACCCUCCCGGCUGGAAUAUGGAUCUCGCGGACAGGCCGUGGGGUUCUAACGGCGUCGAGUCGGCAUUCGUGUACCUCAUGUUGAACGGGUGCUGGCUUCAAGGGGUCACCAAUUGGCUCUGGAGGACGACGGGUGGAAGAGUGAAUAAAGACUACUUCAGGUUCAAAGUUGGUGGUGAGAUUUGA